GUACUACUACUACUACAUCAUGCUGCAUAUCACUGUUAGAAUCAAAUUCUCUAGGAAGGUAUUCUGUGCUCCAAUUGUGUCAAGGACUUUGUUUUCCUAGCAUCUCUUUAGUAUAAGGCCUCAAGACUAUCUUAAGUAAUGAAAGGCUGACAUGAUACUUUGAAUGCAAGUCCAAGCAACAUGCCAUGGACAUUACAUCGAUGAACAUCCACGAAAUGCUGCAUGUCAAUAUAAUCUUGAAAGAGUAUCAACGUGUACUGAAAAGAUUAAUCAGGCGCAAAUUUUAGAACGGGUGUGCAGCGAUGAAAGUUUACUGACUCUAGAUGUGAGUUCUGUUGGUGAAAAUUUACCACAACACUGGUGCAGAGAAAAUAAUUAUUUACUCUCCUCCACCUGGGCAAAUAACAAAGUUGUCCAGAAAGCACUUCACGUGUAUGAGAAGGAGGUGUAAACUGGAUGUGGAAAUUACUGAUGGAAGUGGAUGCCUUGUUGCAUCUGUGUUUGGGAAAUGUGUUGAACAACUAUUACUCUUAACGAGCAAACAAGUUAUGCAAUUGGAACAACAGGCUCAACAGCUACGAUUUCAACAUAUCAAUAACCGCUUACAAGAUGAAGAAUAUAUAAUACAAUUGAGGUCUCAAUCCUACACACAACAAGGCUUACAUGGUAUCAUAUACCAUAACAUCAUUGCACGAUUCCUUGUCAUUCACUACCACGAGUAAACAACAUGCAAUAAACACACAACCAGCAAAAAAGAAACUCAACUUCACUAAAGAUGGAGAAUAAGAAGACAAUUCCGAGCCUCAACAAACGCGUACUAAGAAAAAUUAAUUUACUCUGCUCAAAUUACUACUCUUUUCAUUAUAGAUAGUCAGCUUUAGUUAGUGGUUUAUUUGUUUUUACUUACUUUAAUUCUAUUUUAGCUAUUUCGAAUUUCUUUAUCUUUUAUUAAAAUAUAUAAGCACCAAGAUUAUUUCUUUAUCUUUUA